AUGGAAGUUGAUGCUUUGGAUCCAGAGAAGUUAAUACAAUGUCCAUAUGAUCGCUAUCAUCAAAUCCGAGCCUGUCGGUUUCCCUAUCAUCUUAUAAAGUGCAGGAAGAACCACCCUGAUAUUGCACAGCAGCUAGCCACAUGCCCCUUUAAUGCCCGCCAUCAGGUUCCCAGAGCUGAGAUCAGACAUCAUAUAUCAAGCUGUGAUGACAAAAGCUGCAUUGAGCAAGACAUUGUGAGUCAGUCGAAUAACUGCCACAGAGAGAUGAACACUGUCAGCAUGUGGCAGCCGUCCCCAUGUGACGAAGACUGGGAUAAAGAGCUACAGGAGCAAUCAGAUUCUGUGUUCGUUUGGGGCACGUUCAAUAGUGGCAUAAACAACAGCCCUGGGUCCAGCGUAGUGAUGGAACUAAAGAAUAACCUAAUGCCAGGCAUGAGAGCACCCAGGUCCUUGCCAUAUAGCCUAUCCUGGAAAAGCACGGCAGCCCGGGGAAUGACUGUGCUGCAGUCGAGACGCUGCUCUGCUCCGGGGGGUGCGCGGGGACGCCAGCCGCUGAUGUCUCUGUGCGCUGAAGUUGGUCCAGUGGAGCAGGGAGGCGAGGAUGACGCCGGGCUCUCCCUUGCGGAGGGGGCUGAGGGAGUGGCAGGACCAGGAGGCAAAGGAGAGACUUUGAGUUAUUGCCCCCCUUCUCGUGCUUAACCCCCUCCCCUCUUUCUUCUUUCUCUCUCUGUGAAUUAUCACUAAUUCAAAAUAGUAGUGUGCAAGUGGACUGGAUAAUGGUAAUAGCAUAAUCUCUUGUUGUAACAUUCUAAACCCUACUACCUGAUUUUUAUAUUAAACACUUACUAUACAUCAUACAAUAAAUCCGACAGUAACAAAACCUA